UUUUAACCUCACAGGUCACAAGUCACACCCUAAAAAGUAAAACCCUUCGUUCAUUCCUCUGACUAGCGUAAUCAGAAAAUUGAGAAGUGAGAAUAAACAGAGUGCUAUACCCGAUCCAACAUGAACACCACUCAGCCACAAAAAUGGAAGUGGUCUUCCGCCAUAGUCGGGGCCACAACAGCAGCGGCUACGGCGGCGCUACUUACCGCGAGGCCACGGGACCCAGCUUUCGAGGUUAUCUCCAUCGACUUAACAGCCUUCAAGCUGAGCUUCCCCGCCUUAGACGCCGAGCUCAUCCUCACCGUUCACGUGAACAACCCCAAUAUCGCCGCCAUCCAUUACGACUCCACCACAAUGUCAAUCUUCUACGACGGCGCACUCCUGGGGUCGGCUAUAAUGGAAGCAGGUUCUCAGCCGGCUCGGUCAUGUCGGCUUAUCAAACUCCCGGCUCGGCUGAGUGGGUUGGAGCUGAUGGCUAACCACAAGAGCCAAUUUAUGUCUGACGUGGCGAAGAGAGAAAUGGUUAUAGAUGCUGUUGUGGAUGUGAACGGUGCAGCGAAGGUGUUGUGGUGGGAGCAUAAGUUUAGGAUACACGUGGAAAGCCGGGUGUCCGUUGAUCCUGUUUUUCUUGAUGUCAUUGAUCAAGAUAAUAAAUCUCAGAUGGAUCUUUUUGUUUCUUGAAAUUUGUUGCUUUAAUUCAUUUUUAGUGCUCCAAAUUUAUACUUUGAGAGCACUUUGUUUUAUUUCUCCUAUAUUUUUUUAAUGAAAAUGUGUGGGCAUUGCCCGCAUUGGGCGUA